AUUGGCCGUGAUUUGACAGCUCUCCAUCCCUCUUCCGACAUCGGUUGGCGCCCUGCUUUCUCACCAUGGUGAAAUUUCAGAAGUACAUGUCCAGAAAUUUGGCAGGCCCUAAAAGCCGAACACGCGACAAAACUCGUCUCCUCCACGAGCGAGUCCUCCUCUGUCGACAGAGAGGCCUGAUAACGCGUGCGUCGGAAAAGAGAAAAAUGACUUUGAAGUCGCCCAGGCUGCCACCGGGCAUCGAGCAGUACGUCAUGGGUGAGGACUGGUCUUCGUCACUUCGGGUAGCGUACCUAGGCCCCAAAGGCUCCUUCACCCACCAGUGCAUGAAGAUAUAUGUACAGACCUGGUUUUGAGCUAUGUUGGCGGGCUAGGUCAAGAGCUUGGGGUCAAGAUUGAAAACGAAAGGGGGCGGGGGAGAGAAAUGUGUUCCAAUGAAUAAAGAUCUAAAGAGAAAAAGAGAACAUGCCAUUCGCCCCGCAACGUCGUCGCCUAUCGCGAACACGGGGUCGAAGGCUUGCUGAGAAGCUUUCUUGUUCGCCGUCAGCGUGAGCCCUAGCAUAGCCGAGAGUCUCAACAGAGCAUCUCAAAGCACACGCGAACAAGAGGGGAGAGGGGGUGUGGCACGUUUGGGGAGUGGCGUGAAGUGGAAACGAGUUUGUGAAUAUGCUGAUGCCGAGACCUAGGCAGCACUGCAGGCUUUCAAAAAUGAGGAGCUGGAGCCUCACGUCGACUUCCAGUCGGUCUUCAUGGCGGUCCACACCGGCGCCGCAGACCGCGGCGUGAUCCCGAUCGAGAACAGCACCAACGGCUUCGUCGUCCAGAUCCUCGACCUGUUCGCCAAGGAGCUAGACGUUUCCAUCGUAGGCGAGACGUACGUGGCGGUUCAGCAGAGCUUGCUCGGCCGCCAGCGGAGACCGGCGUCCUCACCGAACGAGAUCCCCGACCUGAGCCACCUGAGAACGCUGUACACGCAUCCGCAGGCGUGGGGCCAAUGCACGCCGUUCCUGACUCGGUACCUGCGCAACGUCGAGCGGGUGGACACGACGUCGACAUCCAAGGCGGCCGAGCUGGUCUCACACGACAAGAGCGGCGAGAGCGCCGCGAUCUGCUCGCCGCUGGCGGCGGACCUGUACGGCCUCGACGUGCUGGUGCCCAGCAUCGAGGAGAAGAAGGGCAACACGACGCGGUUCCUGGUGCUCAGGCGGUCCGGUACACCGCUGUCGUCGCCCGAGCGCGAGACGCCCGGCUCCGGCCCCGCCCGCUACAAGACCCUCAUCCUGUUCACCAUCCCGCACGCCCAGCCGUCGUCGCUGGCUAACGCGCUCGCCGCCUUCGGCAAGCACGGCAUCAACCUGACCAGCCUCAACUCGCGGCCCAGCGGCGACCGCAAGUGGAACUACGUCUUCUUCGCCGAGUUUUGGGGCAACAUCACCGACCCAGACGUCGAGGCCGCCCUCAGGGACGUCUCCGGUGUCGUGCAGGGCUGGAAGUGGAUAGGCAGCUGGCUGUCAAGAGGCGACGGCGGAUAAAGACGCGCGCGCGCGACGAUAGCGAAACGUGAUCUCUAAAUUUGUGUUGGGGCGAGCUACAUGACUCUUCUAAUCUUUGGUCUCCACAUUACUACUAUGUGGACCAGCUAUGUAUCAAGAGACGCAUAUGCAACGAGAUACCAGUCUUUCCAAAGAGAACACGUACACUCGGUCACCGGCCGACCUG